GUGAGGCGCCUCUGGCACCUUCAGUACCCCAUCAGACAAGACGUGGUCACCGUCGCUCCACCAGGACCAUGGCCAGAAUAGUUCCUCUGCCUGCCGCUGUCCCUCUGGUGGCGCUGCUGCUCCUCCUCCUCCCAGCCAUCAAUAUGGCCUUCGAUGACCCUUGCGUGGGUGCGUGUCCAGCCAUCUACCGGCCCGUGUGUGGGACUAAUGGCGUCACUUACGACAACCGUUGUAUCUUACAUUACGCCAAGUGCAACAAUGACAACCUCGAGGUUGCACACGAAGGAAGAUGUGAUGGGGAUACAGCGGAUUCCUUCAGAUUUAUUUAGAUUAGAGCGAAGAGGUAGAAGAGAAGUGGGCCCCUUCUACCAGGUCCUGUAAGCCCCUUCUACCAGCUCCUGUGAGCCCCUUCUACCAGGUCCUGUAAGCCCCUUCUACCAGGUCCUGUAAGCCCCUUCUACCAGGUCCUGUAAGCCCCUUCUACCAGCUCCUGUGAGCCCCUUCUAUCAGGUCCUGUAAGCCCCUUCUACCAGGUCCUGUGAGCCCCUUCUACCAGGUCCUGUAAGCCCCUUCUACCAGCUCCUGUGAGCCCCUUCUACCAGGUCCUGUAAGCCCCUUCUACCAGGUCCUGUAAGCCCCUUCUACCAGGUCCUGUAAAUCCCCUUCUACCAGGUCCUGUGAGCCCCUUCUACCAGUUCCUGUGGAGUCCCCUUCUACCAGUUCCUGUGGAGUCCCCUUCUACCAGUUCCUGUGGAGUCCCGUUCUACCAGUUCCUGUGAGUCCUAUCGACCAGCUCCUAUGAGCCCCAUCGACCAGCACCACCAGUCUAUAAUAGUUACUAGACCAUAAGUAUAAACAUACCUAGUUAAGCAAUAAAUUACUCAAUAUUACUAAUGUUUUAAACUAUAUUCAUAUGUGGUAAUUAGUGUGUAGCUAACUAGUGUACGAUGAUCAGAGUAAAACACGUCUGUAA